AAAAAAAAAAAUGUCACUAACACAACGUGUUCAACAAUGGGCAACUUUUUCAAGAACAUGGCAUAUUAUAGAUUGUACUUGGCAAAAUCCAUUCCAUAUUGCAAAAAUUAUACAAAAAUAUCUUCGAGGAUUACAUAAACCAAUAUAUCAUCCAAUGAAUGAUUGUGGUGAUCAUGUUGUUGCAAUUAAUACCAAAGAAAUAGCUUUACCUGGUGAUGAAUGGAUUAAACGUGUAUAUUUUCAUCAUACUGGUUUUCCAGGUGGUGCAUCAUGGACAUUAGCAUGGCAAUUACAUGAAAAAGAUCCAACAAUGAUAUUGAAAAAAGCUGUAUAUAAUUCAAUGAAAGGUAAUUUACAGAGACGUCACACAAUGCAAAGAUUACAUUUAUAUGCCUUUGAUGAUAUUCCGGAUAAUAUUAAAGAAAAUAUUUCAAAUGAAAUACGACAAGAACGUGUUGUACCAACUCGUUUAGAUGAAAUCGAUCCAAAAAUUGUUGAAAAAUUUGGCAAGUUAAUGGAUUAUCCAAAAGAUUAUGUAAUAAAAUAAUCAUUUUUUUUUUAUACGAGUUUAAAAUUAGUUUUUGUAAUUUAGCAAGAGUUUUUUUUU